AAAAGCUCAUACAUCUCUUGUCUUUAGGUUAUCACAGACAUACUAUUCUUCGUCUUAGUGUGGCUUAGUGGUUCCUUGUCGGGCAUUUGUACUCACAUAGUUGAGGUAGAUUUGGGCGCACUUUGAAAUGAGAUUGGAUCUUUUCUUCAUUUAAGCUACCAAGAUGUAUUUGAGACUGCGAAAAUCAAGGGUUUGCAUUUUCCCACUGCUAACAAUCACAGCAAUCUCCAUCCUUUUAUGGAAUUUUUCUGGAUAUUUCAUUUGUCAUCGGGAAUCGAGCCUUUGUGGCUGUCACAAGUGUUUAACAGAUGAAGGUGAUCCUUGGUUUAAAUGGAUCAGAGGAGAAGCUCCUAAACCAUUUUUGUCAAGGAGAUAUCAACUCUCAGAGGAUGAUUUCAACUGGUGGAAGAAUUUGCAGGGGGCAAGAUAUCAAAACUUCACUUUCUACAACCAAACAAUAGACAAGGUGUUUCAGAUAAUCACACCCAUUGCAGAUGUUACAGAACCCAGCCCUGAUCACUGCAAGCGUUGCGCUGUAGUGGGGAAUUCUGGAAAUUUGAAAGGAUCACGUUAUGGAGCUCUGAUUGAUUUCCAUGAUAUCGUAAUAAGAAUCAACUACGGCCCUACCAAAGGCUAUGAAACAGAUGUUGGAACCAAAACAACUCAUCGUGUCAUGUAUCCAGAAAGUUCUACUAAAUUGGACAACACAACUCAUCUUUUGUUUUUUCCAUUCAAAACACAUGACUUUCAGUGGCUCUACAAGUGCUUAAAUCCAGGGGAAGGGUAUUUUCGACAUGCUAAUAAAAUAGUCAACAAGGAUUUGAUAAUGAUCCUCCAUCCGGCUUUCAUGAAAUAUGUUCAUCAAGUCUGGCUGGGAAAGAUCGGACGUUAUCCAUCCACUGGAUUUCUGACUGUGGUUCUCAGUUUACUGAUGUGUGAUGAGGUCAGUGUAUUUGGGUUUGGAGCAGACAGCGAAGGAAACUGGAGCCACUACUUUGGCCUCCUCAGAAACAAACAACUAAAAACAGGAGCUCAUCCAGGAAACUACGAAUAUGAACUGAUUGAAAAAUUAUACAAGAGGAAGAAAAUCUUGUUUUUUAAAGGAUGUAUUUGCUGUGGAACUGCUGAACAAGGACAUGGACUUCCAGCUUACAGAUUUCAUGAAUCCACCAUUGUUUUCUUGCAGUGAUUUUGUUGUCCAAGUUCAGUUAUGCUGAAGUUGCAAGCAGACAAGACAAAAUGUUUGGUUGUUGGGUGUAUUAACUAGGGAUGGCAAGAUACCACUUUUUUUAGGUCCGAUACUGAUAUUUUACAUUUGGAUAUCUGCCGAUACCGAUACAAAUCCGAUCUUUUUUAAAAAACAAACAAACAAACAAACAAACAAUUGAUUUCAAAUGCCUGGAUAUAUUUUACAUAAGUAAACAGUCUCUCACACAACAAAAUCAAAUCUUUUAGUUGUCCCACGUACAAGACUAAGAACCAGGAAGGGGCAGAGCUUAUCAGGCAGUGGUGCCAAAGCUCUGGAACUGUUUACCAUUCCAUCUCCGUUUAGCUGACACUGUGGCGUCUUAAAAAAUAGUUGAAAACUUUUCUGUUUAACCAGGCUUUCUGUUGACUUUAUUUUUAUUAUUUUUCUUUUAAUAUGGUAAUUUUAAUAUGUUUUUAAAAUGGUGUUUUA